AUGCGGGGGAACAAAACAGUGAGGUUCGACAAGGAGCCGAAGUGGCGGCCCAAGUUCCUCAAGUCGGCGAGGAUCCGGUCGGGGGAGAUCGACCCACCUCAGUGGGACACCGCCAGCAAUGUCGUAGACUGGGAAACCGUGGAGAUGGAGAUUCACCAGGAAUUGGGCCUCCUGUCGGAGGCAGAGUUCGAGGCUCUGACAAAGUUCGCCGGAUCAGCUGUGAAGGCUGAGUUGCAGGAGGUGCCGAGCCCGCUCGGCCACGACAAGAACUUUUUCAUCAUCACCUUAGAUGGGCUUCCCUGCACCGUUACCAACGGAAUGAGGAAGCUUUGUUGCAAGUACAGGUUCGGCCUGACAAGGGAGGACAUGCUUUUGCAAGCAGCGAAACAGCUUGUAGAAGGGCAAGGGAAAGCGGUUUUCAGCUACCACAGCGAGGAGCAGCUGAAGCAGAGACCGAAGGGACUGCAGACCGAGCAGCAGUUCAAGGAGCUCAAGUCCUUGGAGGGGCUGAAAGAGAAAGCCCAAAAGGCUGUGGCCAAGAGCGGUGCGCAGCCAGUCAAGGCCACUGGUGAUAGCAGUUCCGAGGCUGGUGACGACGAGGACGGUGACGGUCCCAAGGCAAAGAAGUUGAAAGUUCAGCAGUCGGGGCGACUGCAGAAGCUUGCCAAGCCCAAGAGGAAGGGGGGCAAGAAAGCACCCGCCGGCGCGGAGAUUGCCGUGGUUGACAACCCAGAGGGGGUCCCCAAACCUUUGGAGUCUGUGGUUGCGGCCCGUGGCAACACGCCGAAAUGCUUUACCAACUUGCACAUUGAUCGAAUUCUCAUGGGCGAGAAGUUGAUGAGGAGUGUGGAUGCAGUUGGGAACCGAGAAGCGAGAAAGAUUAUGGAUGACAUGAAGGCCCAGCGCCAGUUCCAAUGGAAAACUUUGCACAAACACAUCGAACUUUGCGAGAUGGCAAACGGAUUGGUUCACAACUCCAGCCAGAUCACUGCUCGAGAGUGCCGCUUGACCAUGGAAAAGUUGUUGUCGAAUAACAUCGAGCUGCCGUUCAACAUCCGUGUCCUGGGAACAGAGAAAAUCCUUGCGGGCACUUGGAGCGAGCUUUACCACAGCCCCCAGAGCACCUCUGCCCAGGACAUCACUCAGAUCGUGGACCAGAUGAUGAGUGUUCUGAUCAGCUGGCGACAUUGCAUGCCUGAGGACGCAGCUGAUGAGGCAGAGAAGAAGGGGAAAGAGGUGGACAUCUUCAGCUUCGACGACUUGGCGGCAGAGGUGAUGGCGGACAAGGAGGACACGAAGGACGAUGAGGAGGAAACCAAGACGCUGCAGGUCUUGGAAGAGGCUGGGAUGCUUUUGAGCUUUAAAGUCUUGGUGUCUUGA